AUGAACAGGAUUUUAUGCUGGAUGGCAGCCCUGUUGCUGCUGACAGAAAACGCGACUGCGAUACACCAUGAACAUCGGUCGGCGAUCACACUGAUGCGGCGGAACAAUCUGCCGAGUCUGAAAACCGUCACGACAACAACGUCGGCAUCACCUACGUCCUUAAAUGAUUCAAGUACCACUGCUUUGUCCGGCUCUGCUGUGUCCGGUUCCAAUACCACGACGAUGACGACUAGCGCUUCGUCGUCGUCAUCGUCAUCGUACAUUCCCACUUUUACACCGAUUAUUCCUUCAAACGACAAUAACAAGAAGCUGAUACGUGCACCGCAGCCUAAUGGGACGGUUUUCAUCGCUGUGGGCAGUUCGCUUGGGUUUCUGGCGCUCGCGUGCGGGCUUGCGUGGGCCGUGCUCGCAUGCAAGUCGUGGCGUAGCGCAUGCAAGGAACAACAAAUGCAAGCGCUUGAAUCCAAGCGCCAAACAGAUCCGUUCAUGUUCUAUACGAACGACUACGUCGAUUCCGAUUCCAACAGCUCGCGAGGCUCCGACGUGUCUGAACGCGCGCUCAAGACGCGACUCUCGGCAAGACCCAGUAUCUACUCUUUGGGUUCCACAUCCACACUAAAUCUGUUGCAGAAACACGCUGCCGUAGCAGGGUCUGCAACGGGACCUGCGACGGUGCCUACGCCGUCGCUGAACCCCAACCGGGCCUCGAUGUUCGUGUCUCCAACGGAACUGAUGCAAAAUCAUACACAUGCGCGCAGCGCGUUCACGCUGGGCGACUCCAGCGCCGGAUCGUCGGCCAUGAACACACCUACACUUCCGAUCAACGUCGUAGAUGCUGCCAACGCGCAGAAGGACCGCCAGCCCCAGCAAAGUUUCCGUCCUCCCAGCGUACAUCUCGAAAAGCUGUUCGACGACGAUGAGUGA